AAUAUUCCAGAGUCCUUAACCGCAAGGUUGCUAAAUGUGGUGGUGUUUGACGUGCACUCUAAUCAGCUAAAAUCCCUACCCAACUCCAUUGGAUGUCUGUCCAAGCUCAAGGUUCUAAAUGUUUCUGGCAAUUUUCUUGAAUCUCUCCCUAAAUCUAUUGAUAAUUGCAGGUCACUGGAAGAAUUGAAUGCCAACUUUAAUAAGCUGCGAGUGCUACCGGAAAGCAUUGGAUUUGAACUGUUGAACCUGAAAAAGCUCUCAAUCAACUCGAAUAAAUUGGUUUUCCUUCCACAAUCCACUACUCACCUGACAUCUCUACGCAUAUUAGACGCACGUCUUAACUGCCUCAGGUCUCUUCCCGAAGACCUGGAGAAUUUAAUCAAUCUUGAAGUUCUGAACGUGAGCCAAAAUUUCCAAUACCUUGACAACCUACCUUAUUCAGUUGGCCUUCUCCUGUCGCUUGUGGAAUUGGACGUGAGUUAUAACAAGAUUACAGUUUUGCCUGAUUCCAUUGGAUGCCUCAAGAAGCUCCAGAAGCUUUGUGUAGAAGGAAACCCUCUUGUUUCGCCUCCAAUGGAGGUGGUUGAACAAAGUUUACACGCAGUUAAGGAGUACUUGAGUGAGAAGAUGAAUGCAGAACACAAAACUCCAUCUAAGAAGAAAUCAUGGGUUGGGAAGUUGGUGAAAUAUGGAACCUUCAAUGGUCACAUGAGAAGUAAUAAUAUCUCCAACCGUGAGGAGAGUGAGGGUUUCAUUAUACCUGAAUAUCGCUCCAUUGAUGGCCUUGCUUCACCAAGGUAUAUGGGAAUGUUCUCACCCCGCCGUCUCUUCUCUCCUCGCAAUUAUUUUACUAGGUGACUUGUGAUGCAUAAAUUAUUUGUGUAAGUUUAAUUAAUGUGUGUUGGUUUUAUUUUUACAUCCUUUUUCUUCAUAUGUGUAUAGGUAAUACACAUGAUAGAGGUUUUUGCAGUUAGUUUGUAAAAGAUUACUCAUCAUCAACAUUGUUUUAUGUACCAUAUUUCUUCG